GUCGCUUGCUCUUUCAGUAACACAGCGGUGAGGCGUGUCGCUUGCGCUUGUGUGCAGGAACACGGACCAAAAAAUAGCAACUUUGCCCUCCGUGCUUAGCUGACGGUUCGGGGUCUAUUAUAUCGCGUGACGCGUUCAUCAAAGUGUCAAAACUACCUCCAGCCCAAUGAAACAAAGGCGUAGCCGACCACAGCCGUGCAUUUGCUAUUUAUUGACGGAAAUCCGUGGCUGAAGUGGCAAGAACAAGGGCGAUGGCGGACGUUGAGCGAGCAUUCUUUAGGGUCGAGGGCCUGUCGGGACCCCAAUGGGCUUCCUGGUCCGGCAUGACCUUUGAUCUCGCACGAGGCGAUAUUCUGUUGCUCCGCGGCGAGAGUGGCUCAGGGAAAACUACAUUGCUCAAGGCUCUCGCCGAUCUUCUGCCAAGCGACGGAGGCAGCAUCGUGCUCCAAGGGCGGCCACAUGCAUCCUUGCCGCCGCAUAUAUAUCGUUCCCGUGUCCUAUACGUGCCUCAGCGACCGUCGAUUCUACCAGGGUCACCGCGUGACUUCCUCGAUAUGGUGUACGACUUUUCCGCGAAUCGCGACCUUGGACCGCUUCCGGAAGUGGAAGACCUGAGCGAACGAGAUACAGAGGCUGCUGUGACGGCCGACGGUGCAUCGCUGAAUGCACAUGGAUGGAAGAUCGAAGAAGCAGAAAUCCCUCUCGAGAGUACGAGCACGGCAGACGACGCAAGCAGCAUUCGUUCUGGUUCAUCAGCGCGCAACAACUCGAGAGACAGGCCCACAGUUGACACGCGGUCCCUGCGUCGCGCCGCCAGCAAAAGCUUCUCGCGCGCGCCAACAAUACCCAACGACCCAAUCUUCCUGUCUAGUGCCGAGUGGGGCUUGCCGACAAGCGUGUGGGAUCGCGAGUGGAGCCAGAUCAGUGGUGGCGAGGCGCAGCGGGUGGGCCUUGCGGUACCGCUCUGUCUCAUCGGUGGCAAGCGAAAAGGCGAUGGCGUACUAUUGCUCGACGAACCAACAUCCGCACUCGACAGUCGCACGGCAGCCGCCGUGGAGAAAACGCUACUCCUUUCACGGACUGCUUUGACCCUCAUUUGGAUCACCCACUCCGAAGACCAGGCAAGACGAAUCAUCACGCUCGUAGACGAGGAUAAUCACCGUCGGCGAGGUUCACCAGCAAAGUACGACGAUGACCUACCGCGGGAACGUAAAGUGUUUGUACUGUCCUUGUCAGCAUCGUCGCUCCAAAACUAAAACUAUUACGUGGAAAGGCAUCUCAUGCUGUCUUGUAUGCAAGU